AGCUAUAUAAGGCAAGAAUAAUAAAAAUUUUAAUGGGCUGAUUAUUGCAAGGGGAUAAACAACUAAUACAAUUGUUAUUUGUCUAACCCAAGGCAGAUCAUUAAGAAGAAUUAAAGAUAUGAUAAAAACAUCAUGGGUACAGAAAAAGGAAGGAUCAGAUAACAUCUUAUUUAUACCAAAUAUUCCCAGGGGUGUAUUUGCACUAUUAUACAUUCUAAAUAAUCUAGAUAUUGAUUAUAGUAGGUCCGUAAUAUCCGAUACCAAUGCCUUGAUAUUUGCAACAAGACCAGGCACUAGCAAAUCACUACAAUUUAAUGGUAUGGUCUAAAAUAGGAAGUGUCUGGGACGAAUGUACAGUGCUUAAUAUCCACUCAUUUAAGACCCCA